UUCCUCUUGGAGGCCUCUGUUCAAUCAGUGGAGUCGGUGCUCGAUUCUCCGCCGCUAAGGGUUUGAGCGGGGGAGAGAAGCAAGAUGGCGGACAAGACGCCAGGCGGUUCGCAGAAGGCCAGUGGGAAGGCCAGACUUCCAGAAACAGCACGGGCCACUGGAUCUCCAGAGACUCAUCCACUCUUAGAAAGCAAACUUAAGGCAUUCAGUAUUGGCAAGAUGAGCACUGCCAAGAGAACUUUAAGCAAAAAGGAACAGGAAGAAUUGAAAAAGAAGGAGGAUGAAAAGGCAGCUGCAGAAAUAUAUGAAGAAUUCCUUGCUGCGUUUGAAGGAAGUGAUGGCAAUAAAGUGAAAACAUUUGUCAGAGGAGGUAUUGUUAAUGCCUCUAAAGAACAUGAAACAGAUGAAAAGCGAGGAAAAAUCUACAAACCUUCAUCACGAUUUGCAGAUCAAAAAAAUCAGCAGAAUCAGUCAUCUUCUAAUGAGAGACCUCCAUCUCUUCUAGUGAUAGAAACCAAAAAGCCACCUCUGAAGAAGGGGGAAAAAGAAAAGAAAAAGAGCAAUUUGGAGCUUUUUAAAGAAGAACUGAAACAAAUUCAAGAAGAGCGUGAUGAAAGACAUAAAACCAAAGGUAGAUUAAGUCGUUUUGAGCCACCUCAGUCAGAUUCAGAUGGACAACGUCGUUCCAUGGAUGCACCUUCAAGAAGAAACAGAUCUUCAGUACUAGAUGACUAUGCUCCAGGUUCACAUGAUGUUGGAGAUCCAAGUACAACAAAUUUGUAUCUUGGAAACAUUAAUCCCCAGAUGAAUGAAGAGAUGUUAUGCCAAGAAUUUGGACGUUUUGGACCUUUGGCAAGUGUGAAAAUUAUGUGGCCAAGGACUGAUGAAGAAAGAGCAAGAGAAAGGAAUUGUGGAUUUGUUGCCUUCAUGAACAGGAGAGAUGCUGAACGUGCACUAAAGAAUUUAAAUGGCAAGAUGAUCAUGUCUUUUGAAAUGAAACUAGGCUGGGGCAAAGCCGUUCCUAUUCCUCCUCAUCCUAUAUACAUUCCUCCUUCAAUGAUGGAACAUACCCUUCCACCACCUCCUUCGGGUCUGCCGUUUAAUGCUCAGCCCAGAGAGAGAUUGAAGAACCCUAAUGCUCCAAUGUUGCCACCACCUAAAAACAAAGAAGAUUUUGAGAAGACUCUGUCGCAAGCCAUAGUCAAAGUGGUUAUCCCAACAGAAAGGAAUUUGCUUGCACUAAUACAUCGAAUGAUAGAAUUUGUGGUGCGUGAAGGACCUAUGUUUGAAGCCAUGAUAAUGAAUAGAGAAAUCAAUAAUCCAAUGUUCAGAUUUUUAUUUGAGAAUCAGACUCCAGCUCAUGUGUACUACAGAUGGAAGCUUUAUUCAAUUCUACAGGGUGAUGCUCCAACCAAAUGGAGGACUGAAGACUUUCGUAUGUUUAAAAAUGGUUCCUUUUGGAGGCCACCCCCUUUAAAUCCAUAUCUCCAUGGGAUGUCUGAAGAACAGGAACCUGAAGCAUUUGUAGAAGAGCCUAGCAAGAAGGGUGCACUUAAGGAGGAACAGAGGGACAAAUUAGAGGAAAUCCUGCGUGGGUUAACACCGCGUAAGAAUGAUAUUGGAGAUGCAAUGGUUUUCUGUCUUAAUAAUGCUGAGGCUGCUGAAGAAAUAGUGGACUGUAUUGCAGAGUCAUUGUCGAUCUUGAAAACUCCACUUCCUAAAAAGAUUGCAAGAUUAUAUUUGGUUUCUGAUGUGUUGUACAAUUCUUCUGCAAAAGUUGCCAAUGCUUCAUAUUACAGAAAAUUUUUUGAGACAAAACUAUGUCAGAUAUUUUCUGAUCUGAAUGCUACCUACCGAACAAUACAAGGCCAUUUACAGUCUGAAAAUUUUAAGCAACGGGUAAUGACAUGCUUCAGAGCAUGGGAAGACUGGGCGAUUUAUCCAGAACCAUUUUUGAUCAAACUACAGAAUAUUUUCUUGGGGCUUGUAAAUAUUAUUGAAGAAAAAGAAACAGAGGAAGUACCUGAUGAUCUUGAUGGAGCCCCCAUUGAAGAAGAACUUGAUGGUGCUCCACUAGAAGAUGUGGAUGGAAUUCCCAUUGACGUAGCUCCAAUUGAUGAUCUUGAUGGAAUCCCUAUUAAAUCGCUUGAUGAUGAUCUUGAUGGAGUACCUUUGGAUGCAUCUGAAGAAUCUAAAAAGAAUGAGCCAAUAUUUAAAGUUGCCCCUUCAAAAUGGGAAGCAGUUGAUGAGUCUGCACUUGAAGCUCAAGCGGUAACAACAUCUAAGUGGGAGCUAUUUGAUCAGCAUGAGGAAUCAGAGGAAGAAGAAAAUCAGAACCAAGAAGAAGAAAGUGAAGAUGAGGAGGAUACUCAAAGUUCUAAAUCUGAGGAGCAUCACCUAUAUUCCAAUCCUAUUAGAGAAGAAAUGCCUGAUUCAAAGUCAUCAAGCAAAUUCUCUGAAAUGAGUGAGGAAAAGCGUGCCAAGCUCAGAGAGAUUGAGUUGAAAGUAAUGAAAUUUCAAGAUGAAUUGGAAUCUGGAAAAAGACCGAAGAAGCAAGGCCAGAGUCUUCAGGAACAAGUUGAACACUACCGGGACAAAUUGCUCCAGAGAGAAAAAGAAAAGGAAUUGGAAAGGGAAAGAGAUAAGAAGGAUAAAGAGAAAUCUGAUUCAAGAUCCAAAGACAAGAAGGAAAAGGAAGAAUGUACACCAACAAGGAAAGAGAGGAAAAGACGACAUAGCACAUCGCCCAGCCCAUCGCGCAGCAGUGGAAGCAGACGAGCAAAAUCUCCAUCACCAAAAUCUGAACGAUCUGAGCGAUCUGAAAGAUCUCAUAAAGAAAGCUCACGUUCUAGAUCCUCCCAUAAGGAUUCUCCCAGAGAUGCCAGUAAAAAAGCCAAGAGGUCACCAUCUGGUUCAAGGACACCGAAAAGAUCAAGAAGAUCACGAUCCAGAUCACCUAAAAAGUCAGGGAAAAAAUCCAGAUCUCAGUCCCGUUCUCCACACAGAUCCCACAAGAAGUCAAAGAAGAGUAAACACUGACAAACUGUUAAUUUUUAUGAUGCUGUCACUUACUGGAAAUGCGGUUUUGUUUUUGUGCCUGAACAGUCUGUUAAACAAACAAAUGAAAAAAGCAUUCCUAAUUUUUUUUGUGAAUGCACGUGUAUAUUCAUGAGUAACUGCAUUGGUAGACCUGUCAUUGUUUUAUAUUGUACAAAACCUUCAUUGUGGCUAUUUCCCAGAAUGAGAUUUUGUGUUUAGAAACUUCAUCUGAAAUGUGUGUAACUGAUCUGCUGGCAGUAGUAAUACUUUGUUUUAGAAUGUUGUGAGUUAGGAAAACCCCAUUAUUGUUUCCCUUGUCCCUUUUUUUGUAGCUUUGACAAUUUGAAUUAGAUUUGAAAUAAAAUCUGAAAAGGAAAUAUUAAAAAAAAUGUGUUUCCUUGUCCCUUUCCAUUGAUUCCCCUUCCCUUUAACUUCCUAACACACAGGGCUACCAAUGCAAACCUCUUAAUACAGACUUUUUCCAUCUGUUCAUCAAGUUAGAUUGCUCCUCAAUUAUGUUGGGAUCUGCCACGUAAGCAUUGUUGCUUGACAAUGACUCUUAAGAGAUGAACAGUGUAUAACUUUUCAGUACAGAUUAUCUGGUAGAAUGCUUAUUUUGGGCUGUACCUUGAAUUUCCAAUCAGAGUUUACUCUCUAAGCUCAGAUUUUGGCAACUACAGUGAGUGUUGGGUCUUGCUUCAUCCAUACUUCCAAAACCAGAUGAUGAUUGUUUGGUGAAGAGGGAUUAUCACAGUUGCAACUCCUUCCUACUUGUGUGGUGCUAUAGAUGUUUGAGCAACGAAAUACACGGUAAAAGAGAGAAAAUAGUUUGUGGGCACUGAAGAUCUAUUUCCAAGCUUUCCUUCUACAACCUCUUCUGUUUCAUUGAUUCCUUGAACUGUUGAGCCAUUUAUAACAUCACAUUCAUGAUUAGAAUAGAUUUUAAAUCUCAAUUUUUAAAUUUAAUUGGGGCAGUUUUAAUAAACACUUCUGGCUUAUUUCUGUUGUACAAACUCUUCAUGCAUGCAUUUUCCCCCUGCAACUAAGAUGUAAAGAAGUUCUUACUUGAACAGUUGUAUCUUUUUCAUAGGAUUAUUGCCAGUUAUAUAGUUCUUCAUAGAACAUGAAGAGCUCUGUUGGCAUUUAGAUGAAAUAGUGUUAAGACCUCAGUAUUAAGUGUAUGGGUUUCUUUUCAUGAAAGCUAUGAAAAGAAAACAAUAUAUUUCCUAUCCCAACAAAUACUCUCAAAAUCAUCAUAAGAGAAGAACACAUAAUGAAUUGUCUUUAUAAAGUCAGUUUUAUUUUGGAAAAUGACCUUGUAAAUGCAUUUUUUUGUACUGAAUUCAUCCUUUGGCUGUGCAAAUUGUUGAAAGAGUAGCAGAAUUCAGAUUUUUUAACUUGUGUCUUUUUCUAAUAUAAUUGUACUACUCCCCCCUCUUGUGGUCCCUUAGUUUUGGAUGUUCUUUUGUUUUAAAAUAUGCUUUAAAUUUUUGGCAUAGCAUAUCCUCUAAGUCAUUUAAUUUUUUUUCCAUGAAUAAAAAAUACAAAGGUUCACUGUUUGUUUACUGGAGGAGAGGACAAUUGUAAUAAACAUGCAGAGUUUAAAGGGAA